GAAAGAACGAACCUUGUAGGUUAAUUAGCUAAACAAACACCAGUAUAAUAAUAAAUCAAACUAAAUGGUCCAUAUAUUUGGUGCCCAUCCAAGGACAAGAACAAUAUUUGAGAAAAAAAAAAGUUUGUAGAGUUUAGUCCUCCUAUACAAGUUGAACACUACUGCUAGCUAUACAAAAUUUUAAUGAAAUUUACGACUAAAGUCAGUAAAUACUUAGACAAAUAUGCAUUUAAAAUUUUGAAUAUUAGCAAGAAUCUGCAUACGCAAGUUUAGUCGACACAUGUCUUAUGAUAAACUAAUUUUUUCGAUCUUAAUUUCAUAUCUGGUGACUCACCAGUGGUGACAUCCUAAUAUGCUAUCUUAAUUUAAGACUAAGAGUACUAUCUUUUCAUUUUUGUUUAACAGUUUUUAAUGAUGAUUUUAAUUUUAUAUUUUGCGAUUCUUACUGUAUAAAGCUAAUUUUUGUUGUUAUUGUUGUUGUUGUUGUUGUUGUUGUAAAAGAAGUAUAACGCUAAUUUGACAAUUCAAAAGAUCGUACCAAUAGUCAAUCCAAUGUACAUAUAUAUAUGGUAACUGUUACAGAAUCGAAACUGGUUUGAGCUUUGGUGUUUGAGACCUAAACAAUAAAAACAAAAUCAGACAUCAUAUGGAAAUAGUAUACUUUAAAUGAUCGUUAUAUGUUUUCGUGCUUUGUAUGCUGGUUUAGUCAUUUAGAUAUAAUGAUUCCAUACAUAACAAUAUAAUUUCUGAAUCAUGAAACUAAACUUUAUUUUUCUAUAUAUUUUUAUGGUGCUGGUCGACAUAGUACAAUAUGUUUUCGCCCAUGCUCGAAGUCGGUAAGCUCUCGUUUACAAGGAACUGAAAAAUGAUUUACAGUGUCCAUGAAACAUUAUAUUAUUCAGAGAAAUGUCACUUUCACAUUGACUUCUUUCUAACUAUUAUGGCCCUAUCCUAAAUAUGAACGUUAACUAAAAGUCUUCCUAAUCAAAUUUUCUUAUAUAUAAUCACAUUUUCUUAUCAACCAAGAAAAAUAAUUCAAUGCGGUAGGUCACUUGAAUGCUGUCUGUUCAGUCCACCAAGACGAAUUUUAGAUAGGAAUGUUAAUUAGCUGCUUGUCCUCAUGGUUCACGGUAUGAUACAAUGCUACUAUAUAAAUGAAAUCUGUAAAUGUGCCUAUUAUAGUGUCGGGUUGCAAAUAGUAGUCGUCACGAAACAAAGAUUAUUAAACCAUUCAGACACUACGUCGAACAUGAGUUGCCGUGUUGCCGUGUUGCCGUGUUGCUAAUGGCUUCAAUCUGUUCUGCUUUUAGUGGUCUUUAUGAUUUUACUAAGACGGUGUGAUGUUAUUACUGGAUCCUAUAUUGUUAAUGGGCUUUAAUUAUUUUUUUCAAUUGAUUAAAAAGUGGUAACUUAAACGAAAAGCUACUUUCGCCGAGUUUUGUAAUCGUCAAAACUUGCCCCGCACGUCUGCUUGCAGCGCAAGUUUCUCGUGGCUUUAUAAAUAACUUCCUUGUCAUUUUACAAGCUUUGACCGUUUCAUAUCUACAUCAAUAAAUUAAUAACAAUGGCUGUAUUUUCAUCUUCUUGCUGGUCAGACUUGCUCCCGGAGCUUAUAGAAGCUGUAUUCCACAGCCUAAACGAUGCUAGAGACAUCCUUAACUGUGCCACCGUCUGUUCUUCUUGGAGAUAUUCUUCUUCCGCCGUGUACAGUCGCAAGUUUGUUCCAUUUCUCUUUGUUUCCCAUCCCUCCUCUGUCGUUGAAGAAGCUCAAUGCUCUGAUGGAUUUAGAAUCAUAUCUCCGGAAAAAAUGGUUUUCUCCGGUAAUGAUCAGAGAUGGAUUUGUGGAAGCACAGGAGGGUAUCUAUUAACUGUCAAUGUUUCUUUCCCGUUUGAGGUAAACUUACAGAACCCGUUUACGAAGACGGUUGUUCCUCUGCCACCAUUGGCGUCUUUCGAGGACGUUCAACGGUUGCUUCAGUUCCAAGCUAUCUCUCAGCAUUCUGGAACCCUAACCCUAAUUAAGAACUUUGUAAAGAAAGCAGUUUCUUCGCCAAGUUUACUAGACCCUGAUUGGGUUGUGCUCAUCAUAAUCUACGACACCGACGGAGGAAAACUAGCUUUCUGCAGACGUGGAGAUAAACAAUGGACGGAUUUGGAGUCUGAUCAUGUUGAUGACAUUGUGUUCUGUAGUGGCGUCUUCUUUGCCAUGGACAGAGUUGGAGGGAUAUAUCAGUGUGAACUUAGCCCUAACGAUCCAAAAGCUAUUCCUCUAUGCAGCGCCUCGCCGUCUCGGUAUGAUCCUUGCAAGAAAUACUUUGCAGAGUCGGAUUAUGGCAACCUGUGGGUGGUUCUACAGAAGCUAGACGUUAGUGAUGAUUAUGACUUCACAACGUAUUUUGAGAUUUAUGAAUUUAAUUCAGAGACGAAAGAAUGGACUAUGGUGAGAAGCUUGAGAGGAAGGGCUUUGUUCUUGAGCCCUCAAGGUAGAUGUGUAGCGGUUUCAGCAGAUGAAACUGGAUCUGGAGGGUUCAUCAAAGAUAACUCUAUUUACUUCAUCGAUGGAAGUCUAAGCGUUUUUGAAUGGGAGAGUAAGCAAAUCAAGAAGCUUUACGAGUCAAGGUUUUGUAAUGGUAUGUUUUGGGUCACACCUGCAGAUGUUCUUCAAUAGGUGAAAGACUAAUGCAUCUUAGGGUUCAUAUUUUUAGUAUUGCAUAGUAAAGGUUUUAUGUUUUUGUUAUGAGUUUUGAUUCUCGUUAUACAGUACAUUUGUCGUAAUAGAAUUUUUGUAAUGGUUGUUGUGUAACAAAAAUAAAGUUAUGAGAUUUUUUUUCAGCAUCUAUCUUCUUCUCAAUACAUGUUUUAAUUAACCAAAAACUAGUUCGUUGUAAUCAAUCUGUUAGAUUUGAAAUUUUGACAAAAAUGAGAGAAAACAUACACAAGGAUCCAGUGCACACAACAGCAUUUUUUUUUGUCAAACUGUGCACACAACAGCAUAAGAGGCACCAAACUCAUUGAUACAGCAUUUCUUAUUGCGUGUUGACUACAAGUGCAAAUCGUUCUUAAACAAAGUGACAUGGUUGUCUGGUUGAAGAGCUUUACCAUCUUCUGAAAUGAUCAAGACAUGUUGGAUGAACCUGUUGCAGGGCUUGAACGACUGACAACAAGUGGCGGCCGGAGAGCUUUGUGGUUGGCCUCCGCUUCUUUUGCAUGCUUUGUACAUCUCCUCUGUUUCAACAA